UAUAAUGCUUAAAUCCGUACGCGGGUAAGUCAGAGUACAAGAAUCAAGAAAAGAGUGGAUAAGCUACUCAAAUCUUACUCAAUUUUCUCUCUGCUCUCAACAAUGGAAGCUCUAGCUCAUGGGCAUCUACCCCUCAGUGCUCUUAGAACAUGUCAAAAAGAACAUAGGUGUCAUCAUGUCGGUUCAAUCCAUUUUCUUACCUCUCCAGUUCCAUCUUCUCUUAAAUUCAGUGCACCCAUAAAGUAUAGAAGUGGCAUUAUAAGGAUGCAAGAAAAAUAUGAGUUGAAGCAAAUGAAAGAUAUGGCUGCUGCUAAAAAGAGAUGGGACUCUCUGAUCAGAGAUGGGAAAGUUAAAGUUCUUACCCCAAGGGAAGCUGGUUAUGCAAUUCAACUCUCAAACAAAACGCUGCUUGAUGUUCGUCCCUCUAUGGAGCGAAAGAAGGCCUGGGUAAAAGGCUCCACCUGGAUUCCAAUUUUUGAUGUUGAUACUAGUUUAGAACUUGGUAUUCUUUCCCGGAAAGCAACAAACUUUUUGCUGGGAGGUUGGUGGAGUGGUGUGCCUUCUCUCUCUUACAACAAACAAUUCUUAUCAAAUGUUGAGGAGAAAUUUGCCAAAGAUACAGAUCUCAUUGUGGCAUGCCAGAAGGGAUUGAGGUCCAUUGCGGCUUGUGAGGUGCUAUACAAUGCUGGUUACAACAACAUUUUCUGGGUUCAAGGUGGUUUAGAAGCUGCUGAAGAAGAGGAUCUUGAAAGAGAAGGUCCUCAACCAUUUAAGUUCGCAGGAAUUGGGGGGCUUUCAGAAUUCCUCGGUUGGACUGACCAACAGAGAGAUGCUGCUGCUAAAGAAGGUUGGGGUUACCGAUUGACUUUUUCUGCCCGAUUGGUUGGAGUCGUUCUUGCUGCUGAUGCCCUGUUUAUUGGAGCACAGAAAGUAGGACAAUAUAUUCAGGAGUUAAGGACUCACUGAGAUCUGUAGUUAGAGCUUGAAGUUACGCGUGUUGCGCGCCUUGCAGCCAUAAGGAAAUGAUUUUGUUUUCUGAAUUCAGUAAUGAGUUAAGCGGCUUUCCUAGCAUCCUUUUCUGAAGCUAGAGAACUGAGAUGAAAAUCCAUUGGCAGGAGUGUCUCAGAGCCUGGGCUCCUGCCCCAACCUUUAAAUGCCUUGUUUUUCGCUGAAACAUUUUUAACUGAGGUCUUCUCAUGUAGGACACAAUGCAGUUUUGCCUUAUUAAUUUGUGUGAUGUGAGUACACUUCAAUGGUUGAUGAUCCUUAAUCUGCAUUAAUAUAGCUUGAUCCAGGUUUGAAUAUUAA